AUGAUUUGGGUCAGGGAUUUGCAAANAGGACUGCGUCUCAGUUCGACCGUAGCUAAGGACUGCGUCUCAGUUCGACCGGUCUGUUGUUUUCCAGGUGAGAAGAAACUCAAAGUAGAAGAAUUCUUACCCAUUUACGGUCAAGUUAAAAAAGAAAAAGAACAAGGCACCUACGAGGAUUUCUUGGAAUGUCUGAAAUUGUACGACAAAGAAGAAAAUGGUAAGAUGAUGGCUGCUGAACUUGCACACACGCUUCUUUCCCUUGGCGAAAGGUUAACAGACGCUGAAUGUGACCAAAUCCUUAAAGACUGUAUGGACAAAGAAGACGAUGAUGGAUUUAUUCCAUAUGCUCCUUUCCUCAAGAACCUCAUGGCAUAAACAAUUUAUCUACACUAAUUUUAUUCUCCUUUUUGAGUGGUCGUGUUAUCACUAAACUCAAGAAGAAGUACGUAAAUGAAGCAAAUUCAUCCUAAGUAUGCCAUCGUCGCAAAAGGCAAUUUAGGUCGUUACUUGUAAUGACUACAAACACAGCACAACCUGCCAACUUAAUAAACAACUAAAUGUAAAUCAUUCAAUUUCGUUUUAUUGUAAAUUUUAUCCACUCAAUUGGAACAAAUCGUGGUAACCGUAUUAAUAUUUAAUUUAAUUAUAAUAAAGUUAUUUUGAAAACGUU